UCCUCGCCAGCGGCAGCUAUCAACUUGAAAUUGGUAGCGACUAUUUGAUAGGAAUGUGCCAGAGCACCAUCUCAGAAUUGACAUCCAAUGUUUAUAAAGAAAUGGAGAACAAGUUGUGUCCGGAGUUUAUACGGUUUGACCUAAACGAGUCUCAGAAAUGCAAGGAGUGGUUUGUGGAGCAAUACAAAAUACCGGGAGUAAUUGGUUGCGUGGAUGGCACGCAUAUUGGACUGCAAAAGCCAACUAAAGACGAGCAUAUGUUUUUUAAUAGAAAAGGAUUCCACAGUCUAAAUGCUAUGAUAGUAAGUAACUAUAUUUUGCACAAUGUAAGUAGAUUAUCUACAUUUUAUUGUCUUCGUUUGUUAGAUUUGCGAUCAUACUUACAAGAUCCUUGCAAUCAACUGUCAGUAUGGGGGUGCAGCACAUGAUUCCUUUGUGUGGAAGCAUUCCAACCAGAGAAUGACUUUAGAGGAGCAUUUUCAGCACAACAGGAAUGCAAAUUCCUGGCUACUGGGUAAUGCUAUAAAUUUUAAACGACCUGUGGAAGUUAUAAAUUUUUAUUUACAUUUCAAAGCGGACUCUGGGUACCCACUCGAGCCUUGGUGCAUUACUCCUUACAGAAAUCCUCAAGACGGAUCAGAGGAGGCAAGAUUUAAUGAGGUACAUUCAAA